AUGAGCGCCAAAGACGUGAUGAGUGAUGCGGCACACGCUCUUGCACCUGAUCCAGAAGAAGUUAAUGGUCCGAAUGCUCAAAAGCUGGAAAACGGAGGUCCAAAUGAAAGAGACAAUGAGCCACCGCCACCACCCCCGCAAAUACACAAUCUGGAAAAAGCCAUGAAGCAGAUUCAACUGCCAAUUAUUGAUCCUACAGAUGUCCCUAUUUUAAGGCUACAUGAUAUUCUGCUCUAUGGCGUGAAGGACACGCGUCAUGACUUUCUCAUGGCUCUCUGUCGCCCGUACAUGGACCCAGCGGUAGCAACGGAGCCUUUGGCACAUAUGCGAUACGGUCACCGUCUGCAUUUCUCGAAGCCUGGAGAUACUACUACUAUGCCUUCUAUUCUGCAGCUGAUCACGUCUCUCAGUUCGGAUAUCUCGCGCAUGGAAUUGGCGAAGGAUAUCUCAGUGCAGUUUGAGCCUUUGCGUUCAGACAAACAUCCCACAGAGGAUGUGGAUGUUAUCUUGAAGAUCAAGCCCGUUAGUCGCUUUUUCUUACGCACAAGCACGAGUGUCGGCAAUAGCGAAGGUACAGCCUCUGUUCAGGGCAAACUUCGGAAUGUGUUUGGUGGUGCAGAGACCCUUGAAGGCAGCGCAACCCUAGGAACUCGAACAAAACACUCUUACAACUUCGUAUUUUCUUCACCUGUGCUCGCUUGUCCAGAUUUUUGGGCUAAUGUCUCUGCCAUUUCUCAGCAUCGUGAUCUGACCGCAUUUAUUCGCGCUCAUGAAGGUCAGCACUUGUUGCGUUCAUCGCUCAUUUAUGCGAAAGGAGAUGGAGCUCGGCACGAGCUCGCAUACGAAGCAAGUCAUCGUCAUUUUCACCAUAUCCUGCCGGACGCAUCCCUGUCGAUUCGACGACUAGCAAAGCCAUCUUUUAAAUCGGCCAUUUCAUAUACCUUUGAGCAGGACACGCGCGAUAAUACUUUCGCCACCAUGGUGGGCUCCUAUUUCAGGUCAUUCACAGAAUACGCGGGAUUGGGCGGUGACACUUCAUACUUCAAAACGGAUACUCAAGCUAGCGUGUCUGACACGUUUGCUAACGGUUUGACAUGGUCGCUUGCUGCCAAAACAGGCUUGCUGAUACCAUUGAAUGGCUGCGUUCCUUGUUUAAAUGACCGUUUCAUGUUAGGUGGACCAACAUGCAUCCGUAUGUUUCGCCUGAACAGUCUUGGUCCGAAAUUUAGACAUGACUCACUAGGCGGAGAUGCCUUCUGGGCUGUCGGUGCAAGCCUACUUUCCCCCAUUCCGAUGCGAUCGCACUGGCCGCUAAAGCUUCAUGCAUUUACUAACUUGGGUCAGUUAGCUCAAGUGCAGCCGAACGCUGCCCGAAAGCAUCAUCAUUGGACAGAGCUAGCUCAGCCUUCCGUCUCAGCAGGUUUCGGCGUUUUGUUUCAGCAAGGCCCUGUCCGCUUAGAGCUCAAUUUCGGUCUCCCUCUCGUGGCCCGGGUUGGUGACGGGAUCCGCAAAGGUCUCCAAUUUGGUAUUGGCAUUGAUUUCUUGUAG